CUUUCAAAGAUGAUUUUUGAUGGCAUUCUCUUCCCUGUUGGAAACCUUCGGCGUAGACACACGGGCUGACCCACGGGCACGCGGAUGUAAAGGAACGCGCAAUGCUGCGCGAGCGAAGGGCCGUCUGUCGCUACUUAUCCACCUUAAGUAACAUCCCAUCCCUCAGUGUUUGCCUGGACAAUGGCUGGAGGAUCGGAGACCUGAAAAUACAAACUGGACUGAACUAUGCUCAGCCAAGCACACAGAGAGGACGCAUCGAUGUGAACUCGGUGACAAACUGGAAUGUUCCUCUGGUUUGGGAGGGGACCUUUGAUCCAGUGGUAGUUGAUGCCAUUUAUAAGAAAAUGAACCCAAGAGUUGCAGUGCUGGUGUUUGCUGUUGGCAAUUACAUACGUUUCCUAAAGGGCCUCCUGGAGUCGGGGGAAAAGUACUUUCUGAUUGACUUCAGGGUCACUUACUACAUCUUCACAGACCAAGAGGAAGAUGUCCCCAAAAUCACCAGUCAGAUUAAAAUGGGUAGGGGCCGGAAAACAUCAGUUGUAACCAUUCCUAGUGCCAGCCGCUGGCAGGAUGUAGUACUUGGCAGGAUGAAAUGGGCCACCAUCACCAUUGAGAAACAGAUCCGUGAUGAAGCAGACUAUGCUUUUAUGAUGGACAUCGACAGUGUCUUUUACGAUCGUUUUGGAGCCGAGUCUCUCAGUCAGCUGACUGCCGUGCUUCAUCGUGGCUACUACAAGGAUACAAAAAGGGAUCAGUUUCCAUAUGAGCGUCGGCCCACGUCCAAGGCCUUCAUCCCUUAUGAUGAAGGAGACUACUAUUACACUGCGGCUAUGUUGGGUGGAUACCUGGAGGACAUGUACAAGCUAGUCAAACACUGUUACAUGCAGUCGCUGGAGGAUGAAAAGAAUAAGAUUGAAGCUGUGUGGCAAGAAGAGAGUCACCUCAACAAGUACCUGUUGUACAACAAACCAACCAAGGUGCUGUCUCCAGAGUACCUGUGGUCAGACUACGAUGAGGAACCAGAUGACAUUCAAGUCGUCAGGCUCUCCCAGUUGAUCAAGAACUAUAAAGAAGUGCGGCCUAAUGGUGGACAGUGAUGUCUAGUCAAUGAUAUCUGUA